AUGCCCCAGGAGUUUGGGUUCUUGGAAAAUGGCAUCCCCCGGCACCACAGUCUGGAGAAGGUAGAAAUCCACCCAGCGAAAGUUCCCCACUAUGCUGAGCUGCGGCAGCGCAGCGAGGCUGGCUGGCUUGGGCUGCUGAACGCCCAGGAACUUGAAUAUGACAAGGACUUCGCACCUUAUCAGCGACACCACAAGGAGUUCAAAUUUAAUUUGUCUCAGAUUCCUGAAGGAGAGACAGUCACUGCUGCUGAGUUCCGAAUCUAUAAAGACUGUGUCUUUGGAGGCUUUAAAAAUCAGACUUUUCUGAUUACCAUCUAUCAAGUCUUACAAGAACAUCAGAACAGAGAUUCCCAUCUGUUUUUGCUGGAUACCCGAGCGGUCUGGGCCACGGAAGAAGGCUGGCUGGAGUUUGACAUCACUGCCACCAGCAACAUGUGGGUGAUAAACCCCCAGCAUAACUUGGGACUCCAGAUGAGCGUGGUGACCAGGGAUGGCCUCAGUAUAAACCCUAGAGAAGCAGGCCUAAUAGGCCGGGACGGCCCUUAUGACAAACAGCCUUUCAUGGUGGCCUUUUUCAAAGUGAGUGAGGUUCACGUUCGAACAGCGAGGUCGGCCGCCGGCACGCACAGGCAGCAGAGUCGAAACCGCUCCACCCAGCCUCAGGAUGUUUCCAGAGUAUCCAGCAGCACAGAUUACAACAGCAGUGACUUAAAAACAGCUUGCAGAAAGCAUGAGCUUUAUGUUAGCUUCCAGGACCUGGGAUGGCAGGACUGGAUAAUUGCACCAAAGGGCUAUGCAGCAAACUACUGUGAUGGAGAAUGUUCCUUCCCACUUAAUGCUCACAUGAAUGCCACCAAUCAUGCCAUUGUACAAACGCUGGUUCAUCUUAUGAAUCCGAAGUACGUUCCUAAACCAUGCUGUGCUCCAACAAAACUUCACGCGAUAUCAGUUCUUUACUUUGAUGACAAUUCCAAUGUCAUUUUGAAAAAGUACAGGAAUAUGGUGGUAAGAGCAUGUGGGUGUCACUGAGAAGACUGACUGACUCAGUAUGCUGUACUUAGUGACUUUCAUCCAGUGCCUCAAAGAGAAAACCAAACACUUCUAGACAAGUAUUGUGCCUUAAGGAGCAAGGAGCAAAACCCUAAGGAACUCCAGCACUACAUGCUCACUUCUGAAGUGAUUGCACAACGGUAGCUCUUUUGGUUUCACAACGAAAAAGUACACCUAGCGUAAACGGUAAAGUAUGGCUUACAGUAUGCAGCAAAAAGGUACAGAUACACACCUGCCGGCUUUGAUCUUCAGUUCAGUUGCACUAAGCAAGCGCUCAUCAAAUUCUAGUUGAUGCCACAGUGAGGAGUUCCAUGCCACAGGGACAAGAAAUGUACAAUUCAUGGGGGGAAAGAAGCAGAGCUCUGACAUGUAUAACCAAACUAAGCUAUUCCAAACAUAACUGUAAAGGUAUGCAAAUCAGACCACUUGCAUUGGGCAAACUGCUGCGCUUGGAUUUCCUCCUAGAAGCUCAAGGAAAAAAUGAACAAACCUGUUAAUAGGAAGCUCACCCUUUGCCGGAUUCCUACAACCCCCCCCCCCCCCAAGAACAAUGUAACUGGAAAUGCACCUUUAGUGCCUGAUUAUCAAGCAAAUGAUUACUCAUCCACACCUUCUGCCUUCCCAGCAGUCACUGGACAGCAAGAAGCUGUUUGUACACUUUUUUCGUAAGGCAGCUUUUGUAUUACUCAGUUGCUACUUCUGAUGACUUUUUGGGUAAAUUCUGCUACCGUAACUGCUCUCUCUCUGUGUAUGUGUACAAACACACAUACACUCCCAUGCCUCGAGUGAACAGCAAAAACAUAUGUCGAACUACCCAACUGUAAAGUGGACAACUGCGUAAAUUCCUGUCGUUGCCUAAUGGAUGUGGCUCCAGACAAGGGUUAAAAGUGAGGAUCUUCAAAACAUAAACUUUGUCUCUGUAACAUCCCUGAGAUGAGAGACAGAAAUGGAUCAUCCCAAGUGUUAAAAGACUGUAUCAAAAGGUUGCUGUUCAUUGCUCACCUGAACAAUCUAGCAACACAGAAAGAAGGAGGCAAAGCUGGGGGAACAGAGCAGGUAAGCCUUCCAACUGCUGGUAGGUUGAUUGAACACUCAAGCCUACCAGCCCACCUGAAAACACAGACAGAUUCUGACCAGGUAGAGGUGAGGAAUGGACUCACCAGUCUUCUUGCAUGGGUUCAUACUUUCUGGUAAUGCCUCCCUAUCCCUUUGAGCCAUAAUGAAUGGUUUAAUGUACAUAAUAUAUUGCCUUAGACCUGGUUCCACACCAGGGAAAAUUUCCCCCAGGCAUAAAUGACAAGAAAAGUGCACUCCCCCCCU